ACUGAGCGCGAGCGAAUAAUUAAAAAAGGAAACAUAUUUCAUUUUUCUUCUGAAAUUAAAAACCCUAUUUUGAUUUUCUUCAGAGAUCUGCUGAGAAUCGUUUUCCGGCGACGGCGACGGCUACUCUCAACGUUAAGUUCCUGAACUGUGCAAUCGUCUUUCAAAGAUGGACUAUCAUUUUCUGGCGAAAUCGAAAACUGAAUGAGGAACUCUGCUUCUUGCGAGCUCAACACACCUGGCUCCUUGAAUUAUCUCUCUUAUAUUUCGGGUGAUGACACCUAAUAAGAGACCGAAGAAACUUGUUGAUAAUGGACCUGAUGAAGCCUCGAAGGUUAUGACACCUAAUAAGAGACAGAAGCAACUUGUUGAUAAUGGACCUAAUGAAGCCUCCAAGGUUAUGACACCUAAUAAGAGACAGAAGCAACUUGUUGAUAAUGGACCUGACGAAGCCUCCAAGGUUAUGGCACCUAAUAAUAGACAGAAGCAACUUGUUGAUAAUGGACCUGAUGAAGCCUACUUAAUCGGGAUGCAAAAGUUUUUGGAUUAUGCUUUUGGAAGAACAGAAGAACUAUAUGAAAUACGAUGUCCAUGUGUCAAAUGUUGCUACACAACUGUAGGAACACGCGAAACAAUCGAGUCACAUUUGAAAGUUUAUGGAAUAAUUCAAAAGUAUACUUUAGGGGUGUCUGGAAAUGAUUCACCAGGUGCUAUAAGUGAGGGACGAGGCAAAGAACAGGAUGUUAGAUCUAUGCGCUCUUUGGGGGCAUCUGGAAAUGAUGUAGGAUCCUUCCAUCAAAAUUCUCUUUACUCUGGUCAAAAUAUGGCAACGCCUUCUAAUAGUACUAGUUCAGAUGCUACCAUUUCUGAUUAUUCUGGUGAAAGUAUGCCAUCUCAUUCUACUGGUACAAGUUCAGAUCCUACCACAUCUACUGGUCAAGAAAUGCAGAGAACAAAUAAGCACCCCUUGGUUCAUGACAAAGAACAAAUGCAAAUUGAGAUUACAUCGUCUCCUUCUACCGAUCAAAUUAUUCAAGACACUCUAAAUGUUGAAACAAGUUCAUGUACUACCGGAAAAGUAAGAAGAGGUCGAGGACAGAACAAGUGCCAAGAAGUUGCAUCACUUCAAGCCGGACAGAAGCUGAAAGUGACAUUUUAUAAUAAUCGAACUGUUGGAAGGAAUAGCAAUCUAUUUUCCAGGCACUUGGGAAAAUUAGUUCGUGAUCAUAGCAUGUGUCCAUUAGGAGUAUCAUCAUGGGAUGAAAUUGAGGAAGAAAAGUUAAAUCACAUGUGGGCAGCUGUUGAGGAUAAAUUUGAGAGUGAUGAUAUGGAUAGUCACCGGGGUCACAUUUUGGGAUGGAUGAAAGAAUUGUGGAACAAAUGGAGAGGACAAUUACAUUUUAAGUAUGUGAAAGGUAAGCCAAUCCUAGAGGCUCUUAAGAAUACACCAAAGGGCGUUGACAAGAAACAAUGGGAAUGGUUGAUAAAAGAACAUUUUUCUUCAGAAACUUUUCAGGCGAGAAGCAACAGGAACUCGGCCAACAGAGCUAAGUUGAAGAUGCCUCAUCAUACCGGUAGCAAGCCUAUUAGAGAAAUUAUUUAUCAAAAGGGCGGGAAAAAUGGCAACCCACCAGAUUUAGCAACUAUUUUCUUCGAGACUCGGAAGAAGGAUAACAAGCUCGUCGAAUCUGAGGCAGUUGAAAAACAUGCUCAGCUCCAAGAAUUGGUGCAAUCUAAACCAUCUCUUCCUAGCAUAGAGAUAGUGGAACAAUGCUUUGGACCUCAAAUUCGUAGCCAUGUAUUUGGGUUUGGAGGUGGAGUAAAAGCGAAAGACUUGAAAGGUCCCCCUACCUCAAAGGCUGAAUUACUAUCUGAGUUACGUUCAAUUCGAGAGGAAAACCAAUCUUUGAAAGGUAGCGCUUCCUCAAAGGUUGAAUUACUUCCCCAGUUACAUUCAACUAAAGACGACAACCGAUCUAUGAUGGAUCGCUUGCGUGCCCUAGAAAAUGAGGUGAAAGAACUGAAAUUAUUUUUCGCUCAACACCUUAAUAUCCAAUUUACAACAUCAUCUAUUUCAGGAGAACGAUAAUUUGAACAUACCAAAACUUUGUAACAUAUUAGUAAAUCUCUAACUAGUCUUGUAGCAUAUCACUUUUCUUUCCGUUAUUUUUCGAGAUUUCAAUUAUUUGUAUUUUAAAAAAUGUAAU